GUUUUUUCCCUUGCACUUCCUUCUUACCCCCAAACGCACAGCUUAAACGAAGCCUCUCUAACCCUGUUGAUACUCUGCAGAGAGAGUGAGAGUGAGAGAGAGAGAGAGAGAGAAUGGGUAAACCUCAGGGAUCAUCGAAUUUAGGCGAAGAACUACAUGCAGCUGCUAGGUCAGGCGACCUGAACGCCGUUCAGUUAAUAUGCAGCUCCAACCCUUUUGCCAUCAAUUCAAGAGAUAAGCACUCCAGAACUCCAUUACAUUUGGCAGCAUGGUCUGGGCAUGCAGAGGUGGUGAGUUAUCUCUGCAAAAACAAGGCUGAUAUUGGUGCUGCUGCCAUGGAUGACAUGGGCGCAAUACACUUUGCUGCCCAAAAGGGCCAUUUAGAAGUUGUUCGAAUACUUCUGUCAUCUGGGAUCUCUGUCAAAUCUUGCAAUCGCAAGGGCACAACUGCUCUUCACUAUGCUGUUCAAGGUUCCCACCUGGAACUUGUCAAGUAUUUGGUGAAGAAAGGUGCAAGUCUCAAUGCCAAGACAAAAGCCGGGAAAACCCCUAUUGACCUUGCAAGUAGUGAAGAAAUCCGCUCAUUGUUGACAGAAUGUAAAGAAGCAUCUAAAAAAAAAGAUUUGAACAGUGCAGGGAAAGCUGAAGAAGCUCAUCCGGAAUCCUCAGUCCAGGAAAACACACAGGUUUCUGGUGGUGAAGCUUCUGUAGCCAUGCAUGAAGCAGCAGAACAUGAGAAUGAAAAACCGGUCAAGAGGAAGGGUGAUGAAGAUGAGACAAAGGAAAGCGUACCAGGAACGAAGAAGGCAAAGGUUGCUCUUAAUCAUCUUCUAGCCGCAGAUGAUGCACAAGAGGAGGAAGACGAUCAGUAAGGACUGAUAUACCGUCUGCUAUGGGGUUAACUUUCUUGUCAAGUGUAGUAUCUUUUACUGAUCGGAUUAUAGCGAAAUUGUUUGUGUUGUAGAUGGUUUUGUGCUUUCCAUCCCGCCUUUCCCCAACCCCUAUAAACUGAUUACAUGAAAAAAGUAAAUCAAUUGAUGUACUCACCACUAACAAUUGCAAUAUCUUAGGUUGUGUACUGAUGCUGUUAGAAAUGUUGAA